GUCAAACUUUGAAUUAUUUUAUCCCACCUCUGGGAUGGGAUAAAUUAGUCCUACCAGGAAUAAUUUAGUUUGGUACUAAACGAAACGACCGCUGACUCCAUUGAAAUAUUUUUGUAACAUCAUCCCACAUUUUAGCAAUAUACAUGGUUACUCUGAGAAUAAAAUAAGCACUUACGCCUUGCUUGUUUCUACCAUCUCCGGUCAACUUCACCACCAGAAUGACUGAAUUUUGAUACUAAUUGGCAUCGUGAUCUAUUUUAUUUUUCUGGUGAUCUAGUUUCACGAUUUCAAGUUUUUAACCCACCAUCAUCGUCUGUUUUCAGCUUUGCUCGGAGAUCAGGUCUUCUGACGAGAGAGGUCGCAUGAGAUGAGCUUUUCCGCAAGGUCCAUCGAUGAUUCCUUGAUGGCAAGAGACUAUAAGGAAGAGACAUUUGAAUUUAUGAAGCUUGCUUUAGAACAGGCAAAAGAUGCAUUGGACAAUCUUGAAGUUCCAGUUGGUUGCGUAAUUGUUGAGGAUGGGGAAGUCAUUUCCUCGGGAAGAAAUCGAACGAAUGAAACCAGAAAUGCUACAAGACAUGCAGAGAUGGAAGCAAUUGAUUUUCUAGUUGAACAGUGGCAGAAAAAUGGACUUUCACCUCUUGAAGUUUCUGAAAGAUUCUCAAAGUGCACUCUGUACGUUACCUGUGAGCCAUGUAUAAUGUGUGCAGCAGCCCUGUCAUAUCUUGGAAUAAAGGAGGCAUAUUAUGGAUGUGGAAAUGAUAAAUUUGGAGGUUGUGGAUCUAUACUAUCACUGCAUACCAGCUGCUCUGAGCUUCCUGCUAGUGAAUUUGCCUCAUCAAGAAGGGGUUUCAAAUGCACUGGUGGAAUAAUGGCUUCUGAAGCAGUCUCUCUUCUUCGGAGCUUCUAUGAGCAAGGAAAUCCAAAUGCACCAAAGCCUCACAGACCUCUGAAGCAGCAAGUAUAGAAGUACAAGUGUCAGUAUUCCUUCAACUUCUGGCAUGUGAGGUACAAUUUGUAGGUUAUUAUCCAAUUUGGUAGGGUUUUAGAAAGCUAAAUUUUUUAUUCCUUGGAAGUGUAUUUCUUUGAAUUGCUGUUAUCUUAAUUAAGAAGAAUGGAGCCGUUUAGGAUUCUUCCAUUUCUGUAGACACUUCAAGGUAAGUUAACUGAAUUAGGGUCUGUUCCAGGAAAUAUCAGGUAGUGACAUCAUUGCCCUUUCCUCCUUCCAGUUCCAGGUUUAUUGAUUAUAUAUAAGUUGCAUUGAAUUAA